AUGAGCCAGCAACAACGAGACCAACAACAACAAGGUCAGCGCCCUAAUCGGCCUGCGCCUCAAGCUGCUCCUGCUCGUAAUCGCAAUCGCAUCAGAGGCCCCACUUCGGCAUUGACGAGCUUCUUGAGAGAACAAGGUAUCCAUGUACCGAAUCGUGCUAUACGUCAACGGCGAGAACAAGAACGACGACAAGCUGCUGCUGCUGCUUCGGCAGUAGAGAGUGAUACGGCUAGUACGAGUACUACGGAUGAUCCAACCGCUGGUGCUGGCAACAACGACAACUCUCCAGAAUCAUCCUCCUCCACAACCACCACAUUAUCAUCAUCAGCAGCAGCACAAGGCAGUACGGCUAUAUUGUAUAUGCCAGGAAGACGAAUUGGACGAUCCAAUGCUGCUCAAAACGUCAUUGCUCAAGCUCAAGCCUCCUCCUCCUCGUCCUCUUCAUCAAAGAAAAAGAUGGUCAAAAAGAAGCGCAAGAGUGAUGACAGCGACUAUGAAGAUAGCAGUGGCAGUGAGACGGAUGAUGGUACCUAUGUUCCUGCUUCACGUCCUCCUCGUACCAAGGUUGUCUUUUGUGAAAAGUGCAAGAGCCGUUUCUCUCGUUCCAUGAGUCAAAACUUGGAUAUUCAGGUGGAGAAUCUCUGUCCCAAUUGCCGUGAGGGUGGUAGUCCAGGCAGUUCAAAGCAAAAGGCACCUCGCAAGCGAGCACGAGGAUUGACACGACCAGGCAAGGAGUUACACAAAGUAUUGUCGCUUCAAGACAUUUGCAUUCGUGUGCUUGUCAAAUAUAUUGAUCAAGUCGAGGACUUUGGUGACAUCGGCAUGGAUAACCUGGAUACGAUUGCCAAGAUCAUCUGCCGCAACCGCAAACUCAACAACAACACGCUACGUCUCCUCUUAAACCCCUUGAUGACCAAGCUUGCUCUUUAUGAUUGUUCAAAUGUUGAUCAUUGUGCGCUUGCCAAUGUGGCUCACUUUUGCUACAAGUUGAAGGAGCUCAAGCUUAUCUAUUGUGGCCAAUUGACAUCCGAUGUCCUUCAACUGUAUGCGGAACGAUUGAAGGAUCUUCACAGCAUUGAUCUUUCAGGUCCUUAUUUGGUGUUUGAGGAAGCAUGGAUCACGUUUUUCAAGACCAUGGGCAAGCGAUUGAAGCGAUUCUCUUUGCGUCAUUCUUUUCGAUUUACCAAGGAAUGCUUAUUGACGUUGGCAGAUCAAUGUCCUGACUUGGAAUCUCUUGAAUUCUCUGAUACGCCCAUGUUGGAUGAUGACUGGCUGGAAGUGAUUGGACGAUUUGACAAGCUUGAAAAGAUUCGAUUGGCAUGGCCAGAUGAGAACCGAUACCUUUCAUCCGAAUCCUUGAUCAAGUUGAUUAGCAAGAUUGGGCCCAACUUGAGAGAAUUGGCGUUACCCGGUUGCACGCUGGUGGAUGAUGAGGUGUUGACCAAAGCGAUCAUGGAGCAUUGUCCCAAGCUCAAAUCCCUGGAUCUCGCGCAUUGUCAUUUGAUAUCUUCCGAAGGUGUGCAAACCUUGUUUAGUGAGUGGGCUUCACGCUAUCCUCAUGGUGGAUUGGAGCAUCUCAACCUUUCCCGAUGUCUUGGAUUGGAUGACAAGGCGCUUGAAGCCAUCCUUGCUUACUCUGCAAAGACAUUAAAGACCCUCAACCUUCACAGUCUCGACUUGAUUUCUUCCUCUGGCCUCGAGAUGAUUGCCGGCGAACUUAGACAAGAGGAUGAUGAUGAACAACAAGGCAACAGUGCAAAGAAAAAGAAGCCAACAGAAAAGAAACCAGCCAUUGCUUGCAAGGAGUUGAAGCAAUUGGAUUGCUCCUUUGUACGCUCCAUGGAUGAUUAUGUACUCAAGAAACUCUCGGCCACAUGCAGCGCUCUUAAGGAAUUGAAUGUGUGGGGUUGUUACCAGUUGACGGAUCAAAUCCUUUUACCACCCACAUUGCGAGUCUGUGGAAGAGAAAUGGCUUCAUAA